UUUACAGGAAACGGUCAUGUGUGUUUGUCUUUUAAGGAAUCCCCCAUGUUUCAAGUCACUUAUUUAUUUCCGAGUCCAGCCGACCGCUCAGCUCGUUGUCGAGAGACUGCCUGUAGGUCUACAGUACUGUUGCUUGACUACCCAGACUCGUUGCUCUGACCGAACGCUACGCCUUACCCACGUUUAUGUAGCGAAAUACUGAGCAGCGGAAUAAUUUUGUGUGCAAAAAUACUUGGUUGUUUUAAUACGACAACGAUCGAAAUGAUCGUUCUGCUUUUAUGUCUUCUGUCGGUUUUGACCGUGGUUUACUCAUGUGAUCCAGAAACACAGUACAUGAAGAAUGGGGAGUGUUGCAAUAUGUGUGGGCCAGGCACCAAGAUGUUAUCCAGCCAUAGUGGUUGUUUUGAUCCACAUUGUAUGCCAUGCCAAGAGGGUGAAUACCAGCAUGCAUUCACAGACAAGAACCUCUGUAAACUGCACCCAUACUGCGACCCAAAUAAAAACUUUGAGCACAGUACCAAUAGGAACAAGACAAGCCUCAGCCCAUGCAAAUGUAAGACUGGAUACCACUGUUCCAGUGAAGAGUGCCUGACAUGUGUUUCACAUACUAAAUGCAGACCUGGAGAAGAGGUCAAAUCCAAAGGUAACCCCAUACAUGACACAGUGUGUAAGGCCUGUCCUUUAAACAUGUUCUCCAGUGACAGCUCUACAGAGAGCAAGUGCAAGCUAUGGAAAGUUUGUGAGUCUGAAUUCAAAACUGAAGCCGAAGGGACAGCCACCUCAGACACGGUCUGUGUGGCAGUACCCAAUUCCCAUGGAACAAUAAUCACAAUUGUAAUGGCCUUACUAGCUGCUGUGGUUUUGGGCAUUGUCCUGUGCAAAUUUAGAGGUAAACUCGGAGAGGCCUGCAAGAAAGCAAAUGAAUCCUGUAUGGAUUUGAAUCUUAAGAGGGGAGCUAAGAGGGCUACGGCAGACAGAAAAGCAGAAGAGGGAAACGCAGAAGGACCUGAAGAGGGGAGGGAACAACUUCAACCAAUGAUCCAAUUAGGAGAGCCACCAUCAACACUAUACCCACCAUUACCAGGUCCUCAAAUACCAGAGGAGGUUGAAGCUAAAGACGUGUCAGAAAAUGGACAUUUGGUGGUGCAGGAGGAGGGUAAAUCUCACCAUGUUUCUGAUUCUGAUACACAAAGGGAAUUUUAUGACUGGCUAUAGAUCACAUGACCACCUGGCUUCACCUAUUGCAUAACAUGAUAAACAACAGCCAGGUUGUGCAUUAAUUAAUACAGUAGCGGUGCGUGGGUAUAAUCACUGGGGAAGCCAAGCCAAGCCAGUAAAAAAAGGUCAUAUUACAACCUAUGUUGUGAUAUUUGCAUUGUUUGCUCUAUAACCCAUUAAUUCAUUACACCACCAUGAUGUACAGUAAGACAGUGACAACAAAAAGACAACAGUUUGUUUCAUCACAAAACCGAACAGCAACAUGUGACCGGUGAAGUCCGCAAAGCAUAUUGCAUGUAACAAACAGUUGUAUUACGUACAGCAUGGUCAAUAAAGUUUUAUGUUUUCAACAGUUACUAAACAGCUACUGAUUUAGAACCAUAGAAUUACCUCAAGUCAGCAGAAAGACAACAGGAACACUGUCACCGUUAUUCCAACACCAUUUCAACUUAAACAUUUAAACAUCAUCAAUCAAGGCUAUAUAUGCUUAGUUUAAUAUACUGAAAACAAACUUAAAAAUACCAAAAACAUUUUAGUCCAAUCAAUGUUGCUAAAUAUAAUUCUGGCUGUGUGCGUGUGUGUGCGCACGCACGCGCAAGUGAGAGAAAAAAAGUUCACUCGCCCUAAUUGUAGACUAGUUGAAGGCCAAUGCCAUCCUCCUCUCUUUCAUGUUGGCAAAACGGUCUAUGGCUUUGUCAUACAGUAUGCUUUUAGUUUUUAUUUUCAUAAGCUACCUAGCUAAAAUGCUUGCUAUCCUAACUUCCUCACAUGGGCAACAAUGAUUAAUAUGGUUGUAAACGUUGUAAACUGUUGUAAAAAGUAUUGGUUGUUGUAUUCUGUUAUUGAAGAUGUUCAUAAGCACACUAGAGAAUGGCUUUUUUAUUAUGUCGUUCUGUUUUAAUUACUCUCCUUUGCAUUAAACUAUCAAAAUGCUACUGAGUUGUUCAUAAAGACAAUGCCAAUUUAAAUUUGAAA